AUAAAAUGCCGUAUGCCAACCAGCCUACUAUUAAAAUCCUGGAAUUAACGGAUGAGAACAUAAAGUUCAUCAUUGAGAAGACAGAUCUUUCCCUGGCUAAUACCAUCAGAAGGGUCUUCAUAGCGGAGGUGUGUACGCUAGCAAUAGACUGGGUGCAGAUUCAACAAAACACAUCAGUUCUCAUAGACGAGUUUAUAUCGCACAGAAUGGGCCUUAUUCCCCUGACUUCAGAUGAGAUCGUGGAUCAGCUUCACAAUUUUAGGGAUUGUUCAUGUGUUGACUACUGCAGAGACUGCUCAGUAGAGCUGACGUUAGACGUGCGGUGUAACGACGAGACUCCUCGUCACGUGACCACACGUGAUCUGAUCAGUAGUAAUCUGAAGUGUAUACCUGUUACCAGCCGUGUCAGGGACCACGAGCCUGAUGGUGAUACUAACCAGGACGAUAUUCUGAUCUGCAAACUGCGGCGAGGGCAGCAUCUCAAGAUGAAGAUGUACGCGAGGAAGGGGUUCGCAAAGGAACACACCAAGUGGAGUCCGUGUUCAGCUGUUGGUUUCGAGUACGAUCCCGACAAUGCUCUUAGGCACACGACCUAUCCAGUACCGUCUGACUGGCCCAAGAGUGACUACUCUGAACUGGAGGAAGACCAAACAGAGGCUCCCUUUGAAGUGUUUGGUAGACCGGAGAAGUUCUGGUUUAAUCUGGAGAGUAUCGGGUCUCUGAGACCAGAGAACAUCGUACUGACAGGAUUACAGGUCCUCAAGAAGAAGCUCACCGAUCUGCAGACUCAUUUUAAUAGUGAGGUGGCCAAGGAAGCUCUUUAUAUUGCUCCUUGAGAGUGGAGUGCUGUUUCAACAGGACUGUUAGUUAUGUUUCCCGACCUUCCGAAAUUUUUAUGAACAGAUUGUAUUUUAAUGGCAUAUUUUGGCGGUAAGUAAUACCAAUAAGUGCUGCACUGAGUGCCCAAUGCCCAUAAUAUACUAUGUCUAUUACUGACCGUUCGCGUUCCUCGACUAUAUAAAUUCCAUUUCAACUGGAUGCAAAAUGAGCGUUGUGUCCUUUCUUUCAAGUCGAUGAUAAUCAUUUUAGAAGACAUUUUCUAUAUUGUCUGGUUUUAAUUAUUCAUAAUUGAAUAUCUUACAAGAUCUAAUUUAUUCAGUAAUUGUAUUAUCUAUUUCAACCUCUUGAAGGCUCUAAUGUCAUCUAUUAUCUUUGAUUGCAAUGCUAAUUAUUCAAAAUGGCAGACUAUGAUAAGAAACUUUUGCAUUAUAUAUGACAAUUUGGAAUAAUUCUGAAGAAAUAAAAACUUAUUUUGCUU